CCGACGUAUCGUGAUUCUUACGUAGUCAGUGUCAAUUCGACGACGGUUCGCACUUCAACUCACGAUGCGGCUUUCUUGUACCGUCUACACGACGAUCACCCUUGUUUUAUUCAGCAGUAUAGUGUUACAUGCAAACAGCAUAGAAAGUUUUCCCGUAUGGAAUCAGACCUGGACCGAUCGGUUAAAACAGGAUCUAUUUGUAAAAUAUGACAAAUUCGCCCGACCGACGGAAUACUUUAAUACUACGGGGACCAAAUUCGGCAUUACUCCGCUUUUUAUCAAUGUGGAUGAUUUCAAGUAUACUGUCACAGUUACCGGAAUGGUUCGUCUUUCAUGGAUAGAUGAAAAACUUAAGUGGGAUCCCGCAAAAUAUGGCAAUAUUACUCACAUUAACAUAGGAAAUCACGAAGUAUGGCAACCAGACAUUUUGUUGUACAACAGUGGAACUUCGAGUACAGUCAAGUAUUAUGGUGACGCGCCAUGCUUGGUCUACAGUAAUGGUAAUGUAUUAUGUGUGCCACCCGCGAAAUUAAUCGCAUAUUGCGAGUUAGAUUUUCGUCUUUGGCCCUUUGAUACUCAAAUUUGCGAUUUGAAGUUCGGCUCCUGGACGUAUCACAGCGAGCAAAUUGAUUUACAAUUCUUCAAGGAGUACGAAGCGGAAGAACUAAUGUACGUCAAAAGCGCAGAAUGGACUUUAAUAAACAUGAGCAGGAUUCAUGAAGUAAAAAUGUACCCUUGUUGCGCGGAACCAUACACCAGUCUAAUUUACAGGAUGACUUUAAAAAGAAACUCGUCACUAUUUUGCAGUAUAUUGCUGAUGCCUGUUGCCGCCAUAAUCUUCCUGGUUUUGGUCCCGUUUUGGUUACCACCUCAAAGCGAAAUGAAGAUCAGUAUUGCGGCCAUUACUAUAUUAAUCAUCAGUGUACUUUUAGGCGUUUUUGCUUUUAAAGUACCAUUCUCUGUGACUCCUCCGCUUAUAGUUUACUUUUAUAGUGGCUGCCUCUGUCUAGAAACAAUAUCGCUGAUAUUAUCGAUAGUGGUAAUCAAUGUGUCGAAAAGAGUUUACUGCAAACCAUUUUCAAGAAAUAUUAGGCUAUGCUUAUUAAGUUGGCCCGGAAAACUAUUAGGACUCUCCGAUCUUAUAAGUGUGAUCGAAUCGCGACGGUCUGUGCCAAGUCAGGAAUUACGGGGCAAACUUACAGAUGAGUCCACUACUAAUGCGACUUCUACCGUUUCGGAUAACGGAGAUCGGCAGAAUGUAACCACGUCAACGAAAGACACCACGCAAUUGGAGUGGAUUCUCGUUGGCACAGCCAUCGAUCGCAUAACUUUCGUGUUGUUCUGUUUGAUUUUAGCGACAAUGGCAAUAGUAUGCAUACGCUAAUUCAUUAUAUGAAAGUAUUUCUAAGUCAUUUGAAGAAAUCUAUCGAUAAUCUAAUAUAUACACGAUAUAUAAAUAAGUCUGAAUUGUUAUUCAGUACAUUGAUUUAUUCUCGUAAAUAAAUAUCUCUCGUAACAUGUAUAAAUGCAAACAUGUACUAAAUAUAUUAUUAAGAUG